UCGCCUCCAUUGUGAGCCGGGAGCCGGGGCUGAGCCGCUGCUGCUCCCCAGCGGGGUGUGUGCGGGAACUUAAGAGCCCUUCCCUAGCGUCCCUCUGUGCCCAGCCGGGGGGACUUUCGCCGGGGGGCUGGAACCAGCCCCUGGGGCAGCCCCGGGCUCUGCCGACACCAGCUGCUGAGCCGGAGCUUGCAGGUGAUGGGAUGGUGAGUGAGAAUGAGGAGGAGAAAUCUCAGCAGGAAGAUGCUGAGCCAGUGGAACUGCAUGGGAUAGUAUUGGGAAGAGUUGAAGGGGAUGUUUCCCAGAGCCCUGAGCAGGAAGAAGCCUGUGAGAGUCAGCUCAGGCCAGAGAGGGCACAUGGAAACCAGCCGGAGGAGAGACUGGAUAAAUCUACUCGUGGGAAAAGAGGGGACAAGAACGUCCAUGACGCUGUCCAACAAAGAAACUCAGCUGAGCAGAGAUCACUCGCCUGUGGUAAAUGUGGGCAAAGCUUCCCCUGCAGCUCCGCCCUCAGCCUGCACCAGAGGAGUCACAACAGUGCCAGAGAGAAACCCUACAAAUGUGAGGAGUGCGGGAAAAGGUUCAGCCGGAGCUUGAACCUCAUCAUUCACCAGAGAGUGCACACGGGAGAGAGACCCUACAAAUGCCCCGACUGCACGAAAUGUUUCAAGAACAGCUCUGGGUUCCUGAGGCACCAACUAGCCCACACGGGCGAUAAGCCCUUCAUCUGCCCAGACUGCGGGAAAUGCUUCAAUCGGAGCUCCACCCUCGUCACACACCAGAGGACCCACACGGGGCAACAGCCCUACAAGUGCACUCACUGCGGGAAAGCCUUCAGCCAGAGCUCCAACCUGAUCAGACACCAGAGAACCCAUGGGGGAGAGCGCCCCUACCCAUGUCCCGACUGUGGGAAGAGCUUCACCCAGAGCUCCAACCUCAUGACCCACCAGAGAAUCCACACGGGGGAGAGACCCUACAAAUGCACCGAGUGCGGGAAAGGCUUCGUUCAGAUCGCAAGCCUUCUUUCCCACGAACGAACCCACAUGGAGGGGAAACCCCACGAGUGUCCUGACUGCGGGAAAAGGUUCCGCUACGGCUCCAGCCUGACUUCCCAUCAGAGAACUCACACAGAGGAGAAUCCCUAUAAAUGUCCCGACUGCGGGAAAAGCUUCCCUCAGAGCUCGAACCUCAGCAGGCACCAGCGAAUCCACACAGGAGAGAAACCUUAUGAGUGCCCCGUGUGCGGGAGAAGCUUCAUUCAGAAAUCAAAUCUGUUCGCUCACCAGAGAACCCACUUGGACCAAAGACCGACCAUCUGUGAGGAAUGUGGCAGAAGCUUCAGUCGCAGCUCAAACCUGAUUGUCCAUCAGAGACUCCACGCCGGAGAGAAACCCUAUAAAUGUCUGGACUGUGGGAAAAGCUUCAGCCGGAGCUCCCACCUGAUCACUCAUCAGAGACUGCACACGGGGGAGAAGCCCUACAAGUGCCCCAACUGCGGGAAAAGCUUCAGUGACAGCUCCACCCUCAUCACCCACCAGAGACUCCACACCGGAGAGAAACCCUACAAAUGCCCUGACUGUGGGAAAGGCUUCAACCAGAGCUCCAACCUCACUUCCCACCAGAGAACCCACACAGGGGAGAGACCCUACAAGUGCCCCGAGUGCGGGAAAAGCUUCAGUGUCAGCUCCUACCUCAUCAGGCACCAGAAAAUUCACACGGGGGAGAGACCCUACAAAUGCGAGGAGUGUGAGAAGAGCUUCAGUCAGAGCUCCAGUCUUAUCAAUCACCAGCGAGUGCACACCGGAGAGAAACCCUAUAAGUGCAUUGAUUGUAACAAAUGGUUCAGGAACAGCUCGGACCUGAUUAGACACCAGAGAACCCACACAGGAGAAAGACCGUAUCGGUGCCCCGACUGCGGGAAAAGCUUCAAUCGCAGCUCAAACCUCAUGACGCACCAGAGGAUCCACACGGGAGAGAAGCCCUACGAAUGCCCCGAGUGCAGGAGGAGCUUCACUGUGAGCUCAGCCCUGAUCAAACACCAGAGGACUCACCGGGAGGAGAAGCCUUACGACUGCCCUGAUUGCGGGAAAAGCUUCAUUCGCUGCUCCAAUUUUCUUACGCAUCGGAGAAUCCACACGGGGUAGAAACCGGCAUCCCCUGAUAUCCCUGCCCCCCCAUGCCAGAUCAGAAGGAGCCGCUUGGAGCCAGGGUCAGCCUGGCUGGCAGACUCCAGGGAGCUGCUGCUCAGUGGGGUCUGGGAAUCUGGUUUUGGGGCACAGAGGACUGGGGCAGAUGGUUAUUUCUAGGAAGGGAGGGAUUAUUUUGUUUUGGAUUUCAAACACUUUUAUAAACACAGUCCCACUCAUGCAACCUCAGCAGGUGGCACCAUGCCAGGCGGCUUUACCCUGCCUGUCCUUGUGGUGCUGAGGAUGCCUAGAAAGCAGUGGUUAUACUAAUAAACAUGUCUAUGGGCUUUAUUGAUGUUACGUUCGUACAAUGUGCCUGGGGAGGUUACACAAAUCAAACUGGCCGUGGAAAAGCAGACUCAUACUCAGAGAUUCAUUAAGUUUGAAAAACGGUGCUGAAUUAAUGGCAUUUGAAGCAUGCAUUUGGAUACAGACACCCCCGGGAAAGUUUAUCUAUGCACCAGUUUCACCUGAUAAGUAACAAAGAAUUCAAACAUAUGUCUGCUCUGGCCCAGCGACAGCUUGGUCAUUCUAAGUGUUGGGAAGCGUGUCCCUGAGUUCAUAGAAGCCUGUAAAUGAUGUAAAUGUAUAUUGUGUUCUGUGUGGCAAUAGCCAGCUGUCACAGAGUCACAGGAUCUGGUCUGGCCCCAGCCUGUUAUCAGCCCCGUGGGAGUGACCCCUUUAAUGUGCCCACACAGCUCCACAGGGGGAGACCACACAGCUCCACAGGGGGAGGCCUAUGGCCUCCAUGACUCCCAGACUGGGCCUUCGGUGCCAGCAAUCCCUGUCUGUGGCUCCCUGCAGCGAAUCCAGCCCAGCCAGAGUCCUGCAGGGCACAGUGCUCUCAGUGAAUAUCUGCAGUGACACCAAGCGGCCCUUUCAACAGAAGGUGACAAUUCAUUAGUUACCUGGCAUAUAGAAUCUGAAAGUCCUUACGUUAGCACGGUGGGGCAAAGGUUAACACAUGGUCCAUGCUGGCUACAUCAGUGCAACCAGCCAGCAUCUGUUUCGGUCUCGGUUUCUCCUCUCAAUGGCAUCCCAGGUGAAAGCUCCAGACUCUUUUUGUAAAAGCCAGGAGUUAUCCCAGUAUCCUGACACCAGUUCAAUCCAUUGUUCUUGAGCUGGGGCCUUUGCUCUGCUGAGAGGUGGGGGGAAAGCUCCUUCCUUUUGGUCUGGUUCCCAGGUCUGAAUGUCUGGCAUUUAAAAAAGGGUCGGUUUCAGCCCAUCCUUUAAUGUCCCAGUCACUGCACCCCAGUCAGCUACAUGACACAGCAUCUCAUGUCUGCUGCUCUGCCGCAAGAGCCGCAUUUUGAACCCUUUUGCACCCACUGGGUGGCUAUGCAGAGUACGGAGGGAAACCGAGGCAUGCCCAGGAACCAUAAAAAUAUUACAGAAAAUUCCCGCUUUGUCACACCAGCCUCACCCUGGCUGUCUAGGAUUAAAAUUUUGUUAGUAAAUGUGACUUGGGGAUUUGUUAUACUAGCUCAGCAUAGAGCUACUUUGUUAGGAAGAUGUAUGUGCAUAUCCCAAAGAGGAGCUGGCAGCCUGUAGACGGACUGAUGGGCACUCACCACAGUUCAGUCACAGAUGACGUUUGCUUGAAUUUGGGUGGUUUUAUAAAUCAUUGUUUUACCACUUGGUGAAAGUAACAUAGGAGCUUCCAGUACACCAUGACUGGGAUUGCAGAGCAUUUAUGGUAACAGCUUCUGGUGAACUGCCAUAGAUAUAACUUUGAUACCGGUUACCAUGGGGCUAUGUUAAUGUGAGAUAUCUCUGUGUGAAAGGAAGAGGCUUGUCUCUGGAUUGUCAUAGUCUCAAGGCAAAUUUAAAUUGAAUUGACAUAUCAGUGACCAAGCAAUUGUUGAAAGAUUGCCUUUUAAGAAUCAACAGAGGGUCCUGUGGCACCUUUGAGACUAACAGAAGUAUUGGGAGCAUAAGCUUUCGUGGGUAAGAACCUCACUUCUUCAGAUGCAGAUACUCUACAGAUACUGUUACCCCUCUGAUACUUGACACCCUUUUAAGAAUGACUCUUUGUUGAGCUGCCACUCACAGACCCAUAACUUUGGGUUACAAAGUUUGACUGGUAAAUUGAUCCAGCCCUGUACUAAGGAUUCAGUGUUGUAGUAAAAGCCCCCAUUCCAUGCUA